UUGCAUGAAUGUUGAGUAUAAAAACAUGGAACGAGUGAAGUAUGAAACCAAGCUCCCUAAGCUAAGAUAUGGGGAUGCAUAGUUUACCCUAUCUAAUUGUGUUGUUUUUGAAUUUAGGAGCAUUGCUCACUUCACUAGGCUGCCCUGAAUGUUACCACCACCCAUCUCCGCCGCCGAAAUGUCCUCCGCCACACUAUCCGCCUAAACAUCAUCAUCCUCCCAUUGUUAAGCCACCCUAUCACCCUAAACCACCAAAACAUCAUCCUCCAAAGCCACCUAAGCCUCCCGCGGUAAACCCACCAUAUCACCCUAAACCACCGAAGCCACCGGUGGUGAAGCCACCGGUGGUGAAGCCACCGUAUCACCCUAAACCACCUAAGCCUCCGGUGGUGAAACCCCCAUAUCACCCUAAGCCACCAAAACAUCCCCCGCAUCCUCCCAAGCCACCUGUUGUAAAGCCUCCCUAUGUACCUAAGCCACCUAUUGUAAAGCCUCCACCGUAUACACCCAAACCACCGGUUGUGAAGCCUCCGCCAUAUACACCCAAACCGCCGGUUGUGAAGCCUCCGCCAUAUACACCCAAACCGCCGGUUGUGAAGCCUCCGCCAUAUACACCCAAACCGCCGGUUGUGAAGCCUCCGCCAUAUGCACCCAAACCGCCGGUUGUGAAGCCUCCGCCAUAUGCACCCAAACCGCCGGUUGUGAAGCCUCCGCCAUAUGCACCCAAACCGCCGGUUGUGAAGCCUCCACCAUAUACACCCAAGCCACCUUACUAUCCAAUACCGCCGGUCAUAUCACCACCAACACUGCCUCCAAAGCCACCAGUCUACCCCAGUCCACCAAUAGUGAACCCUCCACCAUAUACACCCAAACCGCCGGUUGUGAAGCCUCCGCCAUAUACACCCAAGCCACCUUACUAUCCAAUACCGCCGGUCAUAUCACCACCAACACUGCCUCCAAAGCCACCAGUCUACCCCAGUCCACCAAUAGUGAACCCACCAACACCGCCGAUUCUGCCACCUCCUAUUGUGAAUCCACCAACACCGCCGAUUCUACCACCACCAUCACCACCUAUUGUGAACCCACCAACGCCUCCUAUCGUGAAGCCACCUUCACCGGGAACACCGUGUCCUCCACCACCACCUCCGGCACAACAAACAUGCCCCAUAGACACUCUCAAGCUAGGUGCAUGUGUGGACGUGUUGGGUGGCUUAGUACACAUCGGCAUAGGUAGCAGCGCCAAAGACACUUGCUGCCCUGUACUACAAGGGCUGUUGGAUUUAGACGCUGCCAUUUGUCUCUGUACUACGAUCAAAGCCAAACUUUUGAAUAUCAACAUUAUAAUCCCCAUAGCUCUUCAGGUCCUCAUCGACUGUGGCAAAACUCCACCUCCAGGGUUCCAAUGUCCAGCACAAUGAUGAAAAACAUAAAAACCCCAUGUUUUUUUUCUUUCGAAGUAACAAAUAUUUUCAUGUCUUAUUAUAUGUUUCUUUUAAUAAUUUAUGGUGUUUUGCUGGUUGAUGAAGAUCAUAAAGACGUGUCUGAGGUUAGAUUAUUUUAAUAGAUGUCGAUGAAUCCACGAACGAAUCAAUGUAGUACGAUGUUGUGAUUUUAGUUAGUUCAUAGGAUCAUAUUAAUUGUGUGUGUGUGUGUUAUUUUUCUUAUUUCAAAGCUAAGCUUGUUUUGUAUGAA